UUCCAACAUCAACAAAUUCUCAAAUUCUGCGAAAAUGCCGCCGUCAAAGUCUUCUACAGUCGGUCCAAAGGCCUUGGUACUAUCAGCCCUCACAGUUGGUCUAGGUAUCUUUGUCGCCCGCCCAAUUAAUCGCUUCACAACCGUUCUCGGCUUCUUCCGAACCCCAACAUCCACCAUCGUUUCCGAUGCAGACUUCAUAACCAUUGACGACACAAUUGUCUGCGAAGACUUGCAUCUUCACUCCGGGCUGCUCUACACAGCAUGUGAGGAUUCCUACGCCCCGCGCUUUUCGUGGUUUCCUGGUCUGGGCGUUCUCCACGAUCCCCUCACGGCUAGCAAGUCCCGUGGGUCUAUCCACGUCAUAGACCCCAAGACGUUCAAAUCGAAAAGAUUGGAAUUUGAGGAUUUUGAAGGGCCGUUUGUUACGCAUGGUAUCGAUGUUAUCGCUGAUCCUAAGGUGAAGGAUGGGGUUUAUAUUUUUGCUGUUAAUCAUGUCCCCAAUCCUGAUUAUCUGCAGCAUGUCGUCGAUGGGAAGAAGGAUGAGUUUGACGGAAACAAGGCUGCUUCUCAGAUUGAGAUCUUCCAUCAUCGCAUUGGAUCUUCAACUGUUAAGUAUGUUCGAUCGAUCAGUCAUGCUUUGAUCCAGACUCCAAAUGAUAUUGUUGCUCUGUCUCCGACAAGGUUUUACGUCACGAACGAUCAUUACUAUCGCGAGGGUCUUAUGCGACAAGUCGAGGAUAUGUACUAUGGCGCAAAAUGGUCCAACACGAUCUAUGUUGAAGUCACCGACAUCAACUCCAAGGAUUCGACAGCAGGAAUUAAGGCUUCAGUGGCUCUGACAGGGCUUCAUAACAACAAUGGUCUCGGCCAUGGUAGAACGCCCAACGAAAUCGCCAUCGGCAGCGCAGCCAGCGGAGAUAUUCACAUAUCAACCAUCAAACCCGACCAUACCAUCCAAGUCCUGGAAACCAUCCCAUUCGAUGCAGCCGUUGAUAACCCCUUCUACUACAGCGAUCCAUUCGCUAGUGGAGACAACGAUAGCAGCGGUUAUGUCUCCGCAGGUCUUUCAAAGGCCUGUGAGCUUGCAAAGAACAUUGGUAUUGAUACUGCCACUGAACCAGUAAUGGUAUGGCUCGCACAGCCAAAGAAUGGCCAGUGGGAGAAGAGGCUUCUGUUUGAGGAUGAUGGAACGAGAUUGAGGUCAGCGGCUACAGCUGUGUUGAUCGGUAUUGACCCAAAGCUUGAAGGGGGAAAGAAGAAGGGUUGGCUGUUUGUUACAGGAUUUUAUUCACAGCAUAUGAUUGCUGUCAAGGUUGAUCUAUGAUGACGUCCUGUUGGCUGUGGCGAUGGACAAGCGCGCCAAUAGAAAGUACUAGUCAAGCUCUGAUAAAGUAAAUGCUUUCUGAAGCAAAUCUUUUCAUAAGCUAUGAAUUUGUGGACGGAGAAUCGUCGCGGUUUACGGAAAUCUCCCAAAGGCCGACAAAUACGCAGAAGCGUCAUAUCAAAAACUCAUUACGUCAUCCAUAAUCCAAUAGAUGAUAGAUAUAUAUCAGAACCUUUCAAAGAGAACCCAUGCUAAUUCCAAU